GGUUCCUUCAGUUUUUCCGGUGAUGUGAUUUAAUUUUCUCCUCUCAUAUUAGAGAAACAGUAUGAAUUAUUAGUGUUCUAACCUACGGACCACAAGCUAUGAGAAUAUGCAUCGCUUCGGAUUUUUUCUACCCGAACAUGGGCGGAGUGGAGGAACACAUCUUCAAUUUGUCCCAGUGCCUGCUGUCCCGCGGCCACAAGGUAAUCAUCGUAACGCAUUCCUACGGCGACCGGACGGGGAUCCGCUACAUGACCAACGGACUGAAGGUGUACUAUGUUCCGAUCAAGGUGUUUUACAAUCAGGUUAUUCUGCCGACGAUGAUCUGUAACAUUCCACUACUUCGGUACAUCCUGGUGCGGGAGCAGAUCGAAAUCGUUCAUGGACAUUCGGCCUUUAGUACGCUGGCCCACGAAGCCAUGAACGUUGGCCAGUUAAUCGGCUUGAGGUCCGUAUUCACCGAUCACAGUUUGUUCGGAUUCGCGGAUUUGUCGGCUGUGGUGACCAAUAAGUUCCUCGAGAUCUCACUAGCAAAUUGUAACCACUGCAUAUGUGUAUCACAUACGGGUAAAGAGAACACUGUGCUUCGAGCGAACGUCCAUCAGGCUAAAGUGUCGGUGAUUCCGAACGCAGUUGACACGGCACAUUUUACUCCGAAUCCGUGUCACCGUCCGUCGGAUCCUGAUAGAAUCAAUGUGGUAGUGGUUUCAAGAUUAGUUUACCGGAAAGGAGUUGACCUGCUGGCAGGAAUUUUACCAAAGCUCAAGAACUGCCCCAAUAUUCAUUUUAUCAUUGGAGGUGAUGGACCAAAGCGGGCACUGCUGGAGGAGAUUCGGGAGAAAAACAAUAUGCAGGAUCGUGUGACGAUGCUUGGGGGGCUGGAGCAUAGUCAAGUGAGGGAUGUCCUUACGCAGGGGCAUAUAUUUCUAAACACUUCGCUGACGGAAGCUUACUGUAUGGCGAUAGUGGAAGCGGCCUCCUGUGGACUUCAAGUGGUUUCGACACGGGUUGGAGGGAUUCCUGAAGUGCUACCGGAAAGUUUGAUUAUACUGACGGAACCUACGGUGGAAUCGGUCUACCGUGGAUUGAUGGUGGCUAUCCGAAGGGAGGCCGAAAAGAAACAGAUUGGAUGCAUGUAUUUGAACGGAAGCAUGGACGGGUCGGUGGGUGGAAGCAGAGAUUUGAGGAGAACUGGAGCGUUGUGUCCGUUCGAGAGGAACAACAUUGUGGCGAAUUUAUACAACUGGGACAACGUGACGGCGCGAACGGAGAAAGUCUAUCGUAAGGUGCUCCUGGAGAAGGAAUCAACUCUUGGGCAAAUGAUGGUUAACUGUCUCCGCAGCGGCGUCUGGCCAUUCCUACUAGUCAUCUCACUGUGCCAUCUGAUCCUACGCUUCCUGGAUUGGUUCGUCCCGCGCAAGUACAUCGAUCGCUGCCCGCUGGACAACCCGUUUUGGGAGGGUACCGUUGCCAGCCGUAGCCGGCAGUCGCUGAACGAUGUCCGGGUGCACGUGCAUCCCAUCCCCGGUGGCGAAAGUUUCGGUAAGUCUUCAUCUUCGUUCAAUCGGCACAAAAAGCGCCACAAUAAGCAAUCGUCGUCUCCCUCCUGACGACCGUUAUUCGGUAUGACUGGAACGAUGCCGGAGGAAGGAUAUUGAAUUUAUUUAUGACUAGAAGGGAAUUGUGACAAGAAAAUUUACAAACCGAGCUCAAUCACGGUGGGAAAUAAAACAAACAAACGUACAGUCUUUUCUGUGUAGUAUAACGACAAAUUUUAUAUUUUUGUAUAUAGAUAGCUUUUAAAAAUCUUUCCAAAAAUCUAUUAAAUACGGAUCAAUACAAACAAAAA